AUUUCAUUCUGUAUCUUAAUUACAACCAAUGAACAUCAAAUUUGUGAAAACUUGAUCAUCAAAGUGUUUUAAUUGUGAUUAGUGGAAAGUAAUUAAAAAAAAAUAAGCAAAAUGAUUUCCAAUGUUAAGUUAAUCCUCUUAAUUGUUACACUGAUUGUGAUUAAUCCAGUGGAUGCUGGUAAAGACUCAGGUAAAGGAGACAAAGGUGGUAAAAAAGGUGGCGGAAACGGAAAUGAUGAUAAUAAACCAAUGAUCAUAAUGUUGGGUAAUCAAGGUGGUGGAAAUAAUAAUAAUAAUGGUUGGGGUGAUGGUGGGGGUAAAGGAGGUAAUAUGAACGGUGGUAAUUGUGGAGGAGGUAAAGUUGAUUAAUAUUAAUGCUAUGGAAUUAAAUUUCUAACAUAGAAAGUUAAUCAAUGGUUGAUUGUGAAAACUGAUUAAGGUGAAAUUAAUGAGGUUUUUGUUUUAUCUGAUGAUUUAUCUUCAGGUUGUCCUCAAAACAAUAUGAUGAUGCCAAACAUGAUGAUGCCUAACAUGAUGUCCCCCAUGAAUCCCAAUAUGAUGCCCAAUACGAUGCCCAAUAUGAUGAUGAUGAUGUCACCUGAUGGUAAAAUGGUUCCGGUUCCGGUUCCCUUAAUGAUGGGAGGGAAAAACUCUAAAAGAAAAUCGAGAAAAAAUGAUGACGAUGAAGAUGAGAUUGAGAAUGAGAUGGAAGAUUAUGAUGAUGUGAUGGGAAUGGAAAUGAUGAUGAAGAAACAAAAAAUGAAAAGGAUGCAGAAAAUGGCAAAGAUGAUGAAGAAGAUGAGAUCAUCUGAAAUGAUGAUGGAAGGAGGAGGAGGACGAGGGGGUGGAGGAAGAUGUUGUCCAAUGGUGAAAAUGAUGAAAGAUCAGCCGCCGAAGAAGCCACAAGCACCGCCGACAACACAACUGAUGAUAUUACCGUAAGUCGUGUGUGGAUAGUUGAUAAAAUCAAGAGUGAAAAAAAAAGUUCGAAUUUUAAAUUUUGUCUUUUCUUUUCUUCCACAGAGUUCCAAGGUAAAAUACCAUAGAAAAGUAUUAAAGUUUAUCUUCCCUUUUGAUUGACUAAUUGUGAUUAUUUUCCGCUUAUUGUUUAGUCCACCGCACUCUCCAAUGUCCAUGCAUGGUGCUAAUCCAAUGCCCUUUCCCAUGCCGAUUCCUUACCCGAUGCCGAUCCCUGCACCAGCUCAGCCUCGACCUCCCGCUGCAAUGACUAUGCCGGUAAGUAUGUCAAUGUCCAUGCCCAUGCAUAUGUCAAUGCCGAUGCCGAUGCCGAUGCCUGUACCUAUGAUGCCUCACAGUCCGAUGCCCAAAAGUGACCAUCACCACCACCACCAUCAUCAUCACAACAGCGGCUGGGAAACUGAAAAUAAACCAACUUGUGUUACCGCUCCGGGUCGAUCUGGUUGGUCACAAGCCUCAACCCCAACGGAUUGGACAGUGCCACAGUCUCAACCAGCACCACAGCCUCCGCCGCCACCGCCGACAUUACCAUCACCAUCACCAUCGACAGUUUCGGUUUGGUCAACAUCUCCCCAAGCCAGUGGGCCUCCGCCAGGGUGGACUCAAACUCAGAGAAUGAGCAAACCUCCAACUGGACAAUCAGGCUCUCGAUCAGGCCACUGGUCAAAUAAGAAAUCGAUUCCGUCAUCGACAACCUGGGAGCAAAUGGUUCCCCUGCAAAUGAUUGACUCUUGGGACUCACAGAAAUCCCGAAAUCUGGCCUACAAAACGGCGACGAGUGUUAUUGAUACAAUCACCGAUUGGAUCUAAAUUAAAUCAUUACGAUUAAAUCAACAAUUACGGGUAAGAGUAACAAACACACAAAACAAUCAAAGGUAAGCCAAAAAAUUUACAUUUCCCUUGAAAAGUCAAAAUCUUUUUGUUGUAAACUUUUCAGCCCAUUGAUUAACUAAUUAAUUGUUCUUGUUUCUUAAUCAGUACACAUGGAAAUUAAUUGUGGAAGUUAAUUGAAAUUAGCAAACCAACAAUUUAAGCUCUGCCAAUCGUUUUUUUUUUCAUCACCGAUCAACUUUUGACUAAUUUAGGUUAACAAUUAAAAUCUAAUUUACCUCCAAUAUUUAAGUGCCAUGGAGUUGGAAGAUCAUGUUAACAAUUUAAACAACAAUUAACCAGAUAAUUAGCUGUUGAUUAACACUACUAAUUGUAAACUCACCUCAAUA